ACCUUAACAAUGGAUAAACAGCAUAACCUGGAAUACCUCCCAAAAUUGUGGCGUAUAAUUUGUGAUAUUAACUUUGAAAGCUUCCGUGCAUUCUAUUUUGCAGAUCUAGCUAAACAUUCAAAAAGAUUUCCGUUACUCUCUAUAUUCUAUAAGCAUAAGCAAAAUUUAGAGCUUAUUAAAUACCUUUUACCAAUUGUAAAAUUUGUACGAAUUUUAUCGACAACACUCGAAUAUCGAUUAAGCAGAGAGCAAGCACAACAACAGACAUUCCAAGAAUUUAUUGAUAACGAAUCAUCUGAUGAUGAAAAAGGCGAAGUACAUGAUUAUUUGAGUUCAAUAUUCGAAGACUUUGCGAAAGCUUGGAACACAGUUAUUGACAAAGUUAAAAAUUAUCAAUGCCACGAACUUCCAGCAACGAAACCUCAAAUAAACCUUAGUUCACCCAUUGUAUUUGGUUUAGUGGAACCAAAAGACACUGGAGUCUAUCUUUGCGCGAUUUUAGAGUAUUUGGUUGGAUUACAAAAUAAUUUCUUGCAAGAGGUUGCAGGGAUUAGUCCUGGAACUUGUUAUUCUCUUAAAUUUUUAGAAGAUAGUUCAUUUAGUAAUGAAAACAAAGCGGCAUCAUCUUCAACAAGCACAAACAGAAAUUCUGUCACCAGAUAUUACUUUCAAUCUAUGCGGAUUGAUCAAAUGCAAACAACUAAUUUUAUUGAUUUCCAAUGGAGCGACGAAUUCCUUCAACAUAGUCAAAGAAAUCUUGAGAUUGGGUAUGGGCUCGAUAUUAUGUAUAAUUUACAAAAGAUUGAAACAGAACUUGCACAAUUAUUGGUCUUCGAUAAAGUUUACAUUAGCACAGCUGAUUCACAAUUGUACAUGGAACCUUUCAAA